AUGUCCAACGAUGAGUCCGCUGCAAUACCGCCCGAAAUUUCCCAACCGCCCUUGGUGACAGAAUACUCGGACUCAGAAGACAGUGAUUCGGCACCGCGCGUGUAUUUCGGGCCUAUACAGUCUCCCGAGAAAGAGUUGACGUCGAAACUCGCCCACAGGAACAGCUUGAAUGGUGGAGUACUGAAGACACCCGUUCGGCGACUGCGUAUGUCCACGGAACAAGCUUUGACAGCAACGGAUAGUGGCACGCAGGCCGAGGAGAACGAUAAUGUAAGGCAGGGUGAAGGUGCGCUGGCGGAAGUUGGAGCUUUGCAGGAUGAGGACACGUUGGACAGGGAACUGGAUUUAGACGAGCCGUCGUCCGCCCUUGCUGGGAAGAUCCUGCGUGCACACGACAAUCCUUCGCCUCCACCUGCGGACGUACGUGAAGAUGAUUCAGACUACGACAUCCCUACUGCACACCGGUCCCGACACACUAUCAUGCCCAGUCGUGUACUCGACUUCGGCGACGUAACAGAUCAGUCCGACGUCGAACGGGCACAGGGUGCAGGCGGCCCUGAGGCACCGAUACAUAGUAUGGUCGAUUCUACAGCUACAAGGACCCUCAAACUAGACACCGAGCUUCCCACCGAUGUUGAGGAGGCACACAAUACGUCUGCUCCCGACUUGAUAGCGUUCGACUCAUUUUCUACCCCGUCUCGAUCCACGCUUGACGCCACAGCUGCCCUGCGAGACACUGCACCGACAACAUCUCAGCCUACUGUAGACGACCUUCUGUCUGCCUCACCUGUUUUUCCUCUGUCUGCCGUUACGGAUGCCACCGCCGACUCUGCUUCAGAAGUCCAGGCAUACUUGAAACAGGUGACUCCAGUUUCCGGUACUGGCACUUCUGUCAACCCCUUCGCAUCGGGUAUCCUGGAUUCAUAUAUCCCGUCAACCGGUAUCCUUAUCAAUGUUAAUACAUCUCCAGCGACAGAGCAGCCUCAAGGACCUGUGGCAGGGGAUUCGAGUGCCCUGGUACGAUUUACGGAAGAUAUUGCUUCGAACUCCCAACAGGCGCCUUCUCAUGUUCUUGAAACGAAAGACGUUCAAGCUGAUGAAUCCACUGCUCGGACGCCUCGACGUUCCUCCCGACUCAGUACGUCGCCAUACAAGACGCCCAGGCAUACAGAUACCAGUCCCAGAAAAGUACCAGCCCUCAAGCUCCAAGUUGCUGACGAGUCUCGAAGUGCAUUAGCCGUACCUGAGAAGGUACAGGUGAGAGCUAUCUCCCCAAGUGUUGAUACGGAGGCCGUAGAGAAGGAGAAGAAAGCACGGAGACGUGAGAGGGAGAGCCAAGUUAAAGGCAAGAGAAAGGAGGAAGCCUCAACAGACUUGUCCCAUUUAUCACCGACUUCUGCUGACUUGCUGACGAAGUUGAUGCCUACUCCUUCAAGGAGUGUUUCUCCUGCCAUUGCCACGGUGGAGGAAAGCGGGGUAGUCAUUCCCGCCUUCCUUCAGAGGAACCAGGAUGACGAUAUUAGGGUCUCACGAAAGAUAGACCCUGAGUCGCGGGCCCCUUCCACCCCACCUCCAUGCCCCAGAGCGCAAUCAAGAGUGAUUCAGUCAUCGGCCCUGAGACCUUCCAAUCCACAGCUUCGACCAACAGACAGGUCUAUAUUAUCCACACCAAUGAAACUUGCAUCCGCACUAAACGACCCUUGUCGUACACCGGCUCGCAGGAUCCCUAUGUCGCAGGCAGUGAAGGAGGGGUCUAUCUCUCCGGAGAAAGCAGCCCAAGUGGCUUCAUCGUCGAAGCGACCUCAAGCCCCAAGUGCGGGCCCUCUCAGCAACCGAGUUUUCAAACGGUUAGUGCCGGACUUAUCUGACCCUAAUCGGAGUCCCGCAAAACGAGCACCAGUGGGAGCGAUGGUAUCACCGAGCAAAAACGCUCCUAUCCGAUCCGUUUUCAGCUCGCCAGCGAAGCCUAUGGUACGUGAACGAAGUCAGCCCCCUGAACCUCCAGCUGUCCAUCGGAGCCGUUCAGUUGAGCCCGAGCAACCCGCAAGGCAAGCUAUUGUCGGGCAGACGAUCCCUAGGCCAGGGUCAGCACCCAUCCCCGAUAUCGUGCCCCGAUUCGACCGGAAGGCUGCCGACAGGCCUCCAAGAAAUCCUCUACCAUUCCCCAUAAUGCCCAUACCUGAAGAGACUGAACCGCCGAGCCAACCAUCUUCCAGUCGAACCCAGAAAGCAGUCCCAUCAGCCCAACCGAAGUCUGCGCUGCGCCAGCCAUCAGCAACUACUGGCAGUAGAAUCCCUCGGAUAGGUAGCAAGCCAUAUGCGAGACCCGCUGGGAAGUCGAGCACACUACCAACUCCCCCUGAUCGUAAUGCCCGAGCUGCAGAUCGUGAUAUUCCUGAAGUUCAUGCUCGUGAAAUACGUUCCCCGGAAAGUACUCUACCCUCCACACCCCCGCGAGAGGGGAUCAGAGCCACGAGAAGAAAUGCUGCAGAUUCGGAGACCUCCUCACCUGCCUGUUUGAAGCGCAAACGUGAAGAGCCCCCCACCAAGCUCACCCCCGUAGUCGUGGUCAGGAAGGUUGUUCCCGGCGGAUUUGGAUCAGAGCAUGUACCCAUGUCCAGUCCGUUGCGCAUACCGGAAGGCUCGGACGGGAAGCCCAGGGGCCGUGGUGGAUCGACAACCGCUGUGCCUCUCGACCCUACGCCGUCGUUGAAGGGCCCCUCCGUCGAUGCCAAGGGCAAGGAUAAAGAAUGUCCUCGUCCAUCUCGGGGCGACGGUGUCAUUCGUGCUCCCAGCGCGAUCUCUGAUAAACAACCCGAUCCGAAACUAACAUCAUCCGCGCAGGAGCCCUCGACUUCCCCUCGUCCCCUGACCGAUAAACCAGUGAAUGAGGAACCAGUGCUCACUCCUACGGCUGAAGGAGACUCAAGAGCUAGACGGACCAGAUCGCGAAAGCCGUUACAACACGGCGAUGAUGUCUUUGGCACUGCUGCUAGUCGAUCUCGACCUCCGCCGCGGCGAAGAGUGCCUGCUCACUCCUCCGCGCCUAUGCCAUUUAUAGGGAUGACCCAGGUGGCCUUGAGGGCUUUAACGAACAAAAAUACUCAGGCUAAUCAGAAGUAUUGGUUCAUCGACAUAGAGACUGAGGUCGUGCGAAAGCCUGGUCCGAGACCCGACAGCCCGACUACGAAGGUCAAAACUGCCAUCCAAAAGCAGAAGGAAGAGCAGGAUCAGGGGCGGCGCGAACGAGCACAGAGGCGAGCCAGGAGGACCGGAGGAAGCCUUGAUGAUGAAGGCGGUGACACAACCGCGGACGAUUCUUUCAAACUGGGGGAGCCUGCUAAACAUCAAAGGGGACCGGGAGAUGAGACGGACUAUGAGACCCCAGAGAAGCUGGGCCCUGCAGCGAAGAAAGCGAGAUUCGAUUCGGGCGUCCGGGAUAAGGACGGGAAGAGAGUGAAAUGGGAUAAAGGCUUGCAUACCCUCAUAUAUCUUGAUGACCCCAAACCCGAGCGCACUGUACAAGGUGUUAAGAAAGGUGGGCUUGCCAAGUCUACCAAGGAACUCCGCUUGGACGACCUAGGAAACGUCCCGAAUGCCAAAGAUCCCCUGCCAAUCGCCGUACACGAGAAGGUGAUUGUGAAGAAAUUUGUUUACGACAACGACCCGGAGGCCGCAGUAGUAGAGGUGGAAACACCUAAACCAAAGUCCAGGAAGUCCAAGACGUGA